CUCAUUCUACUAUUACAAUGAAGACUGACGUCGCGUUUCAGUUCUCUUUACAGUCUAUGGAUGCGGCCUGCCGUCACUGAGACUCCAAUGUAUAUAUGAAUGGACUACAAUUACCUCUAAUAGCUCAAUGUUACAGUCUUUGCAAGAUCUAUAUUUCUGUCGGCACCGAUGUUUUCAAUCGUAAUCUUGCUCUCACUCCUGGCUGUUUCGGCAGAUGCGGAUUUUUUUCAGUUCGACAGCAUUUCAAAUGUUUCUACCUAUUAUUUUAAUUACAUCUAUUGCAAUAUAUGGGAAGGAGACUGUCAACCACACCAGGAUGAUGCGACACAACAAGUGCCUACUGGGGACAUUUGGCCAGGGUUUCCCCAGUACUAUACUGGCAUGCUGACUGCUUGGUACUGCAGCCUGGGUCAGUGCUGUGAUUCAGGGGACUGUAGGAUUACAAAUAACAUCACAGGAUUGGAGAGAGAUCUACAGGUGAAGCUCCACGGGCAGCACCUGGCUCAGUCUGUGGUUCUGAAAGCGAUUCAAGGAUUCAUCAAAAACCCCGAGUCCAACAAACCACUGACUCUGUCCUUUCACGGCUGGUCUGGGACAGGCAAGAACUUUGUUGCCCGGAUAGUAGCGGACAACCUGUACCGGGAUGGUAUAAAGAGCGAAUGUGUCCGUUUGUUCAUUGCCCCAUUCCACUUCCCUCAUGCGAGAUUGGUGGACGUGUACAAGGGCCAGCUGAGAGAAGCCAUUCGAGACCUGGUUCUGCGGUGCCCGCAGACUCUCUUUAUCUUUGAUGAGGCAGAAAAGCUUCAUCCAGGACUCAUCGAUGCCAUAAAGCCCUACAUGGACCACUAUGAUAAUGUGGAUGGGGUCAGCUAUAGGAGAGCCAUAUUUCUGUUCCUAAGCAAUAUCGGUGGUGCUGCCAUCAAUGAGGUGGCACUGGAUUUCUGGCACUCGGGACAGAAUAGGGAAGAUAUCGGCAUGGAAGACUUGGAACAUCUUCUGCGGGCUGAAGCCAUGGAGGCAGAAGGAGGUUUUGCACAGAGCGAGCUGAUGUCAGGCCAUCUUAUUGACUUCUUUGUACCGUUCUUGCCGUUGGAGUACCGGCAUGUGAAACUGUGUGCACGUGAUGCAUAUGCAGCUCGUGGCCUUCAGCCGGAUGAGGGGACGCUGGAUGAAGUGGCCAAAGCCAUGAUGUAUGUUCCUAAGGAGGAGAAACUCUUCUCUGCACAGGGCUGCAAAUCCAUUCCUCAAAGGAUCAAUUUCUUUCUACCAUAACGGAGCGCAACAUAAAAUCACUGACAUUAAAGAAACAGAAUAUACUUGAAUGAAGCAGAAAUGACUGCUGAUAUCUGAAAUGCAAAUUAUACAACACUGACAAUGCAGAAAAAACAGAGUUUCAACUCUAUAUAUUACACUCUGAGAGAUAGGACAGGAACAGAGGAGCUUGCUCGUGGCAAACCCUACUGUAAUGGUAUUUUUUUAUAAGGACCUUUUUAUGUAUCUUAGCUACUUCUCUCAAGCAAGCAACAUUACAGUCAACUUAACCUCUUUAAAAAAUAUUGUAUUUACAGUAAUGCACUUACAAUGGGAGGCUAGACUAUUAGUCCAACAGGCAGAACCACAACAUUAAAGGUUUUUUUAACAUUUGGGAAUUGCUCUUUUUUACUUCAGUAAUAUGUAUUUCUGAGCUAAACAGGAUAUUGAAUAGAAAAAAAAAAAAGUAAAGUGGGAAUCGAUUGGAUCUGCUGAGUUUUUCUUGUAAGUAUAUUAUUAUUGGCGAAUGUUUUUUAGUUUAUUUUCACAAACUGAUAGACCGUUUUAAAUCAUUUUCUGUGCUAAUCAACUGUAUGCCACUAAGCAGCUAAAUGUUUAUUUAAUCUGGAUUAAUACAUUUAUUGUAUACUUUUUUUGUGUUGUGUAUUUUAAUGUUACAAUCUUUUUUUGUUUUUAAAAUGACAACUAAAUGUCACCUCUGCUUUUUUUUUUGUUUGUUGAUGUUUCCAUUUUGUACACAUUUUGAUAUGAAAAUGACUGAGUUGUUGGGGAAGAGAUAUGCCACUGAAAUUAAUGUAGGUAGAAAAAAAGCUAGAGUGAUAAGCUUGACAAACAUGAGAAUGAAGGAUUUUAGGCUUGAUGUAAUUAACGUUUUUUCUCACAAGCCUGUAUGUAUUUUUCUGUUGUUUGCUCAUUUAUCAAAUUAACCUGAUUUAUUCACUCAUGCUAGUAAACAUAUCUUUGGUCAUUUCCUUGUAACGCAUUAGUUUUUGAUUUUACUUGUCAGCCCUGAUAAUGUUACUGCUGCUGAAAGAACUAGAUUUUGUCACCUGCUAAAAUUAUAAACUUUUGUAAAGGUUUUGUCUACAAAUAUCAGGCAAGUGAUACCAAAAGAGGUGCCUAUUGUCUGUUAUUUUUGGUUGAGCAAGCUUAAAUUAUGCAUUAGGAUUUCCCAUUGAUAACAGACACCAGUGGGAAACCGUCAGAUGCCCUUGUUACUGAUGACUUAUAUUUGAGGUGAAAAAAGAAAGAAAAAUAAAAGUUACAUGUGCCAAGCUCUCAAAA